AUGGCAGUCGAAAUCCUAGAGGAUCCUCAAUUCGAGAUCCCCAAGACCUGCAAAGCGGGUGUUGUCCACAAUGAAGGCCCUGAAUUCGUCUUGAAGGUGGAAGAUGUACCUGUGCCCGAGCCUGGACCCGAUGAGGUCCUUAUCAAAUUAAACAUCACCGGCCUCUGCUACUCCGACAUACACUUCAUGCUGGGGGACCUGGGAGGGCCUACAAUGGCAGGGAACAACGUCCGAUCGCCUGGGCACGAAGGCGCUGGUGUUGUUGUCAAGGUGGGCUCGAAUGUGAAGGGCUGGAAAGUCGGUGACAGAGCGGGCGUGAAGCCGAUGUGGGAUACAUGUGGUGCCUGCGAGCUGUGCUGGGGCGACAAGGAGACUUACUGUCCCAAGUCCAUCUCCACGGGUCUACAGGUCUCUGGAACGUAUCAGCAGUAUAUCACGAGUCCGGCGAGAUACACGACCCCGAUUCCCGACGGUGUUCCAGAUGAAAUAGCUGCACCCAUCAUGUGCAGUGCUUCGACGGUGCUCCGCAGCCUUGAGGAGUCCAAACUCCGACCGGGUGACUGGGCGGUGUUCCCGGGGGGAGGAGGAGGAGUUGGCAUCCAGGGGGUCCAACUCGCCAAGGCCAUGGGAAUACGCGCAAUUGCAAUCGAUACCGGGGACGCAAAGAGAGCACUGUGCCUGGAGAUGGGUGCCGAACACUUUGUUGACUUCCGCGAGAGCAAAGAUGUCGCGGAAGAGGUCGUGGAACUCUGCGACGGGAUCGGUGCCCAUGCGGUGUUUGUGACGGCGCCACAGGCCUACAGGGACGCUAUCUCUUUCACCGGCAGGCGGGUUGGGUCCAAAGUGAUGUGCAUCGGGCUCCCAUCGGCGAGUGAAUAUGUGUUUGGGGCGCACCCAGCACAGUUUGUCUUCAAGAACAUGUCGGUCGUCGGUACGCUCGUUGGAUCGAUGAGGGACACGGCGCGGGCGCUGGACUUUGCGAAACGCGGACUGUUGAAGCCGAUCUACGAGAAAUGGCCGAUCGCCCGGAUGCCCGAAGCCGUCGAAAAACUCCGACGGGGACAGGUCGCGGGGCGAUACGUAGUCGACUUCAACGCAUAA